CCCACAUAUAUAUAUAUAUAUACUUUUGAAUUUUGUAUAAUUAGCUACGAUCGAGAUCGAUCGACCGACCGACCAUCGAUCCAUCUGAAUUCUGUAAUUAUAUACAUCUUUCUUGCAGUUGGGAAUCUUCAGACUUCAGGAGAGAUAUAUAUAUAUAUAUCUACCGCAGACAUACUGAUAAGAUAGGUUGAGUUUAUAUAUUAUUAUUAUUUUAUUGUUGGGGAGAAAUUAAAAAAAAAAAUGGGGAGAGGGAAGGUGGAGCUGAAAAGAAUUGAGAACAAGAUAAACAGGCAGGUGACCUUUGCAAAGAGGAGAAAUGGAUUGUUGAAAAAAGCAUAUGAAUUAUCCAUUUUGUGUGAUGCUGAGGUUGCUUUGAUCAUCUUCUCCAACAAAGGGAAGCUUUAUGAGUUCUGCAGCAGUUCCAGUAUGGCCAAGACACUGGAGAGAUAUCACAGAUGCAGCUAUGGUGACCAACUCCAAUCUGCCAAUGAUGAACAAAACAACUACGAAGAUUAUGUAAAUCUCAAGGCAAGAGUCGAAGUUCUACAGCAAUCUCAGAGGCAUCUUCUUGGGGAGGAUUUGGGACAGUUGGGCACUGCUGAGCUGGAUCAACUCGAUCGCGUAAUUGAUACAUCUUUGAAACAAAUACGAUCCAAAAAGACUCAACAAUUGUUUGAUCAGCUUUCUGAUCUUCAACAAAAGGAAAGAACUUUGGUGGAGCUUAACAGUGCUUUGAGGUGCAAGCUUGAAAGAAGCAAUGAAACACUGCAAUCGACAGUACAACAAAGAGAGCUGAGUGUACAAUACCAACAAGCACUGCCGCCACUGCCGCCGCCGCCGCCGCCGCAGAUGCAGCCGGAUAUCUUCAUGGAGACUACUACUCUUCAGCCCAACAACACACCUCAAACUCGAUACAGCUCUUUUGAGGCACCCAGCAAUGUUGCAACAGCAUCAACUGAAAAUGAAAAUGGGAUAAUCCAUGGGUGGAUGCACUAACCCUAUAAAUAAUUAAUGUCACGAUUAUAUAUAAAUACAUAUACUAUAUUGUAACAAGACAAGUCAAUU